AUGCUAAUAGAGUUUAAUAUCCAGGAAUCAAUAGCUAACCAGAUUGAAUCUGAAGAUGAAGCACCUGGUUCAAGAUUAGGAGAUAACUUGGUCGAAAUAGAUGAAAACGAAGAAGUAUUUAAUUCAGAAAUUCACUAG